GGCAUGGAGCGCGGCGCGGGGCGCGCCCCCAGCGCGGCUGGGGCCGGGCCGGGGCGAGCGGGCGCCCGCCGCUAGGGAGGGGGCCGUCCCCGUGCCCAGCCUCCUCCGCACGCACGUAAUACACACACAUACAUAUAUACACUACGCAUACAGAGAGAGAGGGCCCGGGCGGCGGCGAGGCCUCGGGGAGCCUCCCGACAGCGGUCCCCGCGGCGCGCCCGGACUCGGGCAUGGCCGCGGGGCCAUGACGGGCGCGGCGGCGGGCGGCGGCGGCGGCUCCGGGAGUACCCGCCGCGCGGCGGCCGGCAAGGCGGGGGGCCGGUCGCGGAGCGCCCAGCCGCGGGCGGCGGGCGGCGGCGGGAGCGGCGGCGGCUCGGAGGAGGAGGAGCAGCGGGACGGCGGGUCGCUCUUCCUGGUGAACAAGAGCGGCUUCCCCAUGGACGGGCAGACCUGGGAGCGGAUGUGGGGGCACGUGGAGCGGGUGCACCCCGACGGCGGCGCCGUGGCGGCGGCCAUCCGGAGCGCCGCCCGCCUGGCUCGGCCCUCAGUGCCACCAGUGCCAAACUACAAGCUCUCCAUGUCGAUCCCAGAAUGGCUCCAGGCAAUACAGACCUACAUGAAGAUGCUGCAAUACAAUCACACAGGAACACAGUUCUUCGAGAUUAGAAAAACCAGACCUCUAAGUGGUUGUCCUUGGUCAUUUGUUUUCCUGCUGCCAGGCCAGUUCUCAUCGGAGCUGAAAAAUUGCCUAUGCCUGCAAGUUUUUUCCUGGGAGGUGUAUUCCGCUUUGCAAGAAAUCUGCUUCCAGUGUGGCAACAACAGGCCUCUUGUGCUGAGGUUAAUGGAGACAGCAAAAGAAAUGACCAGGGAGUCCUUACCUAUCAAAUGCCUUGAAGCAGUUAUCCUGGGGAUAUACUUAACGAAUGGGCAGCCCUCUGUAGAACGAUUCCCCAUCAGCUUUAAAACCCACUUCUCAGGGAACUAUUUUCAUCAUGUGGUGCUUGGAAUUUACUGCAACGGCCGGUACGGCUCGCUGGGCAUGAGCAGACGAUCAGAUCUGAUGGACAAACCUCUAACUUACCGAACUCUGAGUGACCUCAUCUUUGAAUUUGAAGACUCCUAUAAAAAGUACUUGCAUUCAGUCAAAAAAGUAAAAAUCGGAUUAUAUGUCCCACACGAGCCACACAGCUUUCAGCCCAUCGAGUGGAAACAGCUGGUCCUCAAUGUAUCCAAAAUGAUGCGCACAGAAGUCAGGAAGGAGCUGGAGAAGUUUGCCAGGGAUAUGAGAAUGAAGAUUCUGAAACCUUCAAGUGCCCAUUCUCCCAUGAAAGAGCGAUCACGGGGUAAAUCGUUGUCCCCUCGCCGAAGGCAAGCCAGCCCUCAGAGACGGGCGUGCAGAAGAGACAAAUCGCCUGCGGUGGUGGACAAGAAAGGAGACCUGGCUACGCUCAAUGAGGUAGGCUACCAGCUCCGCAUCUAACAAAGCCAUACGUUGGAUAGAGGGCUUCCUGGUGCUUCCCGCUGCACUUUACCUGCACUCUGUUGGAAGGAAAAAGGAGUGGGACUAUUUAUUAACUUGUGGACUCUUACAAUUAAAGUUUUACCUAGAAAAUAGAACAGGGCAAAUUCUUUUUUGGUGGCAGUAUUUAUUUUAUUUUGAAUUACAGAAAAGGCAUCAGUGAAGAGAACCUAAAAUGAUGUUUGGCAGGAUAUGAGAUUUUUUUUUUUCCCUCCAUCAUGUAGCAGGUGACUCCAGUGGUGUGAGAGUUUCUUCAAAUAUAAUUUCCCUGGACAAGUAUUAAUUGAAUUUGGGCAUUGUGCUGGGUAGUAGCAUUGGGAUGACUAAGAAAUCAUAUUCUUAGUGUUAAGGUGUGCUAGGGUGCAGUGCAGUUAAAAAAUCAUAGGAUUUAUUUAAUUCAGCAAUAAAAACAAGCAGUGCAGAAGUGGCAUGAGUUUUUAAAGUAUCAACAUUACCUCACUAAACUUAACAGAUAUGCAAAACUGUCAGUAUUAUUGUUUUGUAACUAAUUUGUACUGUUGCCCAGCAUUUCUGGUAGUAUUAAAACAGCAUUGGAUGUUUUACUGCCACCUAUAUUACUAUUUUGUGCAUGUUGCUGAAAGAUGUUAAGUAAUAGUAAUAUGCAAGUGUAUUCUUAAACACUGACAUCUUAUUAGGCAAAACACAAGGGUUUGGGUUUUUUAAAAAUGAUAACUGAUAAAUAAUGAAUUUUCAAGCUUUCAUAAUUUUUUUAUACUUGUCACUAGCUCUUAGUCUUUCCGGACUACACUGCUGAAGCACAAAACGUAGAGAUUGCUGUUUUGUAGAGACAAGCGUUCACCUACUAGUCAGUUUGUUUCUCAUAUGUGUUCCUGGAAUAACGGAAAAAAUGUCAGAAUUGCUAAGCUGAGUCUAUAUGCUUUUCUUUCAGCAUUUAUGUGUAACUUUGAACCUUGUCUUUGAAAGGCUGAGCAGUCUCAGAUGGUGAUGCCUUGACAUCUUAUAUUAAGAUCAGACAUUGCAGGCUGAAGUUAACCUUCUGCCAUGCUGCUGUAGGGAGUUUUUCCUAUAUGUGUUGUAGUAACAACAGCUUAGUCAGACCUGAAUAAGGAAGCUUGUAUUGGAAUAACUUCAGCAAUAAAUUAAAUUGUAUGUCUGAAGUAGCUGAAAAUCAAGCUUGUCUGCUUCCUCCCUACUCAGUCCUUUUGUUCUAAGACAUAGCUAAGGACCUGUGAUGGACAGCAGCGUUCUCAAGUGACAUGGUAAGACUUUCACUGGGGUCUACCACUGGUGUUAGUGAAGUUCUCUGGAAGCAUUCGAGUGCUGCAUUCCUGAAAAUAUUUCAUUAGGUGCCUAAAUAGAAACUGGAUUAUUAUACAAGUCCAGCCUCUACCCUUUGUGCUGUACUUGUAGAUGAUACUGCCAUGGGCCUUGUGUACCUCCCCUCCUGGGCACUUACUUUUUUGGGAUCUCAAUGAAGACAGGACAUUGUAACACAGUGAUGAUAAUGCUUACUCAAAUUGAAUGAUUUAAGCUCCUAGAACACUUUUAUCAACCAGCAACUGACUGGAUACAGAAGGAGAUGACUGCUUGUACACAGACCUCAUUGCUCAAAAAAGUCAAUGAAUCUUACCUACCUAGGACAGGAAGACAACACCAAGACCCAGCAACCUUCCACAAACAGUGAAAGGCUUUCUACCAAUUAGACUUCAGAAGGUCUAGAAAGAAGACUUUUCAAAUGUAUUACACCUCUUCAAACAUGAUUACCAUAUCAAUUACAGGGAGGUCUUUCCCAUCCCUCUUUCUGCAAACUGUUCCACUCCUGUGUUCAUAAUAGGAUUUUUUUGUUUGGUUCAGGAGUGAAAUUGAAGAGAGGGAAAUACUCUUUCAGUAGAAAUUCUUGUGUACUUUGACAUCAGCUGCAGAGUUUCAGUUGUAAAAUUCAUGCUGCUGAGUGUCUUGUGACCUAAACAAUUUUUUUCAUGUAUCUUAGAUUUCUCAUGGGUAAAAUGAUGUGAAAAACUUACUUUGAUCAGCUGUAUCCUAUAGCACAAGGUUAUCUGAUAUGUUGCAAGUUUUUUUUCUAUGAAACCAGGGUUUACUUCAGCUCAAGUAGUGAUGGUUGGUAGAUAGUUUUUACCAUUGUCCAGCACAAUUUGAGUUAUUUUCUCUUAACCUCUAACUUAUACUUAAACUUUUCAAUGCUGUAGAGGUGUGACAAAUUGCUUUUGGUUUUCAUUUUGAAGUUCAGCUGAAAUAUUCUCUUGAAAAUUGCUUAUGAUGGCAUUUGUCUUAAGUGUGGUUCUAGUGACUGUUCUUCUAACUUACUGCAAAGUGGUCAAAUUGUAUAGAAAAUAUGCAUGACAUUUUUAAUCACUUGUAUGUUUAGGCACAGCAUGAAACUUCAAUAAAAUAUCAUGGUAGGUUUUUUUUUU